AUGGCAUCCAGAAAUGUGCUAGGCGCGUCUCAGGCCGUUGUGACCUUGGUUACGCAUAAUACAAAAGAGUCUAAGAGUACUGACAAGAGAGACUCCUUGGUUGCCUACGAGAAGCAAUGCCAGGCCCGAUGGCGUGACGCUACCGCUUUCGAGUCCAACGCCCCCUCCGCCGCCGCCGUUGACGCCGACCUGCACGCCCUGCACCCCAAGUUCCUCGCAACCCAUGGCGUAUCCGUACAUGAAUGGAACGCUGCACGCUGGCCACGCAUUCACCGCGACAAAGACCGAGUUUUACUUCGGCGCGAGGACGUGACCCAGUUCACGGCGAAGAAGAGCAAGGCAGGCGCCAAGUCGGUCAACAUCAAGUAUCGGUUCCAGAUCAUGCAGUCUCUCGGAAUUCCAACGCCGCUCAUCCACCGCUUCGUCGACACCAAGUUCUGGAUGCAGCACCUGCCGCCACUUUGCCAACAGGACCUCUCCGAUCUGGGCUGCCGGAUCGAUUGGCGGAGGUCCAUCGUCACCACCGACGUCAACCCUUGCUACGAUGCCUUCGUCCGCUGGCAGAUGAAUCGCCUCAAGGAAUUGGACAAGAUCAAGUUUGGUCGGCGGAACACCGUGUACUCCCCGAAGAAUGGCCAGCCAUGA